CUCAUCAAACGACCGCGUAUGUUCCUAGAAUGAAUCCUAGCCUUGUCCUUUUGUGUUUUGUUUUUCUUUGUUGGACUUUGGUUUGUGUCUAAAUUAAAAUUCAAUAAUAUGAACCGUCCAAUCUUAAUUACAUAUAGGGUAACAUGUAUUAUAUAAAACCACGUCCUCCUUGAAUAAACAGUUACUCCUUCAUCAUCAGUCUUGUACACUUGUUUGGUUGGUGAUAGAUUUCGGUUUUGGGACUUGGAGGUUAUGGUUUCUCUUUCUCUCUCACUCUCGUUCUCUCUUUUCCAUAUGCUCCUUCCUUCUAACCAUCACCACUACCCACAGAGGUACUAAAAACUCAAUUGUGCAAUGCCUCUAGUGCUCAGAUUCUCAACAAAUCUCCUCUCUAGUCUUCACUCAGGUUAGGUCCUGUGGUUGUUACAAUUUUCGAGUUCCUAAGUGAUGAUAAAGCAGCCAACACCAUCCUUGUGUUCCUUCACAUGUGGAUGGACUUAUGAUGUGUUCCUCAGUUUUAGUGGCAUAGAUACUCGCCAUAGUUUCACGGACAAUCUCUACAAUUCUCUUAAACAAAGGGGAAUCCAUGCUUUCAUUGACGAUGAAGGGCUUAGAAGAGGGGAGGAAAUUACACCAACUCUUCUCAAAGCCAUCCGAGAAUCUAGGAUCGGCAUCAUUGUUUUCUCCAAGAGCUAUGCAUCCUCAACAUAUUGUUUGGAUGAACUUGUUGAGAUCCUUGAGUGCUUAAAGGUUGAAGGUCGAUUGGUUUGGCCGGUUUUUUAUGAUGUGGAUCCGUCACAAGUUCGGUAUCAGACUGGGACUUAUGCAGAAGCUUUGGCAAAGCAUAAAGAAAGGUUUCAAGAUGACAAGGGCAAGGUGCAAAAAUGGAGGAAGGCUUUGCACGAAGCAGCUAAUCUAUCAGGAUGGCAUUUCCAACACGGGUCUGAAUCAGAAUAUAAGUUUAUUAAAAAGAUUGUUGAUGAGGCCUCUAAGAAGAUCAAUCGCACUCCUUUACAUGUUGCUGAUAACCCAGUUGGGCUAGAGUCUUCAGUGCUAGAAGUGAUGUCUCUCCUAGGAUCUGGGUCCGAGGUCAGCAUGGUUGGUAUUUAUGGUAUUGGAGGAAUAGGUAAGACCACAGUUGCUCGUGCUGCAUAUAACAUGAUUGCUGAUCAAUUUGAAGGUUUGUGUUUUCUUGCUGACAUUAGAGAAAAAGCCAUUAGCAAGCAUCGUCUUGUACAACUCCAAGAAACACUACUUUCUGAUAUACUUGGGGAGAAGGAUAUCAAAGUUGGAGAUGUCAGUAGAGGAAUUCCGAUCAUAGAAAGGAGGCUUCGAAAAAAGAAGGUCCUUUUGAUUUUGGAUGAUGUUGACAAAUUGGUGCAGUUACAGGUACUUGCUGGAGGAUACUGUUGGUUUGGCUCUGGCAGCAAGAUUAUAAUCACAACAAGAGACAAAAAGUUGCUAGCUACUCAUGGGGUUGUAAAAUUGCAUGAGGUUAAACAGUUAAAUGAUGAAAAAGCUUUUGAAUUGUUUAGUUGGCAUGCCUUUAAAAGAAACAAAUUUGACCCAAGUUAUGUGGAUAUUUUAAACCGUGCAGUUUUUUAUGCAUGUGGCCUUCCAUUGGCUUUGGAAGUGAUAGGUUCUCACUUAUUUGGGAAAAGUUUAGAUGAAUGUAAUUCUGCAUUAGAUAAAUAUGAAAGAAUUCCUCAUAGAGGGAUCCAUGAUAUACUUAAAGUGAGUUAUGAUGGUUUGGAAGAAGAUGAAAAGGGAAUUUUCCUUGACAUUGCUUGCUUUUUCAAUACUUGUAAUAUGCGGUUUGUCAAACAAAUGCUACAUGCUCGUGGUUUUCAUGCAGAAGAUGGUAUUAGAGUGUUGUCUGACAAAUCUCUCAUAAAGAUUGAUGAGUCUGGUUGUGUGAAAAUGCAUGACUUAAUUCAGCACAUGGGCAGGGAAAUUGUAAGGCAAGAAUCAAAAUUAAAGCCUAGAAAACGCAGUAGAUUGUGGCUUGAUGAGGAUAUUGUUCGUGUUUUGGAAGAAAAUAAGGGAACUGAUAAAAUUGAAGCCAUUAUGCUCAAUGUCCGUGACAAGAAAGAAGUGCAGUGGAGUGGAAAAGCCUUCAAGAAAAUGAAAAACCUCAAAAUUCUGGUUAUUAUUGGGCAAGCAAUCUUUUCUUCAAUCCCCCAACAUCUGCCAAAUAGUUUGAGAGUGCUGGAAUGGAGUUCUUAUCCAUCACCAUCUUUACCACCUGAUUUCAAUCCUAAAGAACUUGAGAUACUCAACAUGCCUCAGAGUUGCCUAGAAUUCUUCCAACCACUCAAGAGGUUUGAAUCCUUGAUUUCAGUUAAUUUUGAAGAUUGCAAGUUCCUAACUGAAUUACAUAGCCUCUGUGAAGUACCAUUCCUAAGACAUCUUUCUCUUGAUAACUGCACCAAUUUAAUUAAAGUUCAUGAUUCUGUUGGGUUUCUUGACAAUCUCCUCUUCUUGAGUGCUAUAGGAUGCACUCAGCUUGAAAUUCUAGUACCCUGCAUCAAGCUGGAAUCUCUCGAGUUUCUAGAUCUCACGGAGUGCUUUCGUCUUAAAAGCUUCCCAGAAGUAGUGGGAAAGAUGGAUAAAAUAAAAGAUGUUUAUUUAGACAAGACUGGGAUAACCAAAUUGCCACAUUCAAUUGGAAAUCUUGUUGGGCUUGAACGAUUGUACCUGAGGCAAUGCACACAGCUUUAUCAACUACCAAUUAGUAUCCAUAUAUUGCCUAAUGUUGAAGUGAUAACAGAUUAUGGUAAGAGGGGAUUUCAAUUAUUUGAAGGAUACCAUGAAGACAAAGAAAAGGUGAGUUCAGAAAAAUCUCCAAGUGCCAUGGUUGACUAUAAUGAAGGUUCGUUUAUUUACCUUGAUUUGUGUUUUCCAUACAUAAGCUUCCAUAAUGUGAUCGAAGUAUGUAGUCCCAAUCCACUUGAGUGUCAUAAUUUUGGUUUCUUGUUUAAACUGCUUCAAGCUGGGAGCUUGAAUUGGUACAAGCCAGGAAGCAGGACAUCAUCAAUGCAAUUCUGGUUCCGGAAGAAAUUCCCCAAGAUAGCUCUAUGUUUUAGUGUAGAAGCCUACAUUAAUAGAGCCAGUUGGGUGUUGGAUUUUGAGUUUACUUUACUCAUCAAUGGCACUAAGCAAUUCAGUUCUUCAUGUAACUACAUAACUUGUAAGUGGAAUCCAAUUCUUUGGUGUGAUCUACAAUGCAAAGAGGAGGGGGUAUUUUCUAAGCAUGAAUGGAAUGAAGUUGAGAUUUUAUGUGACGUCAAAUACCCGAUACCAUGUGGCGAGAGGGUUAUGGUCACAGCAAGGAACAAAAUUGGAAGUCUAAACUGGUCCCUAAUUUAUGUCUAUGAGGAGGGAAACAAUAUGGAGGAUGUUGAAUUCAAAAGUUCCAUGCUCAGUUUUCCAUUCUUUGGUGUAAAACCUAUGUCCUCCUUACCUGGUUGCUUGUAUUAUCAAGUUGUAUAAUUUGACUUUUAUAGUUGCGGUCUAAGACAUUUUGCAUUCAGAAAUCAUUUUAUGUUCAAUUAAUUCAGUACAAAAAAAUUAAUGCAAUUUCUUUCUUUUUUUUAAA